GCGAAAGCUAGUAACAGCUGCUCACAUGUUCUAGCGGAAUGGAGCGGAUGUCUUCAUUUUUCGUUUGUAAAUUGACGCAUAGUUAGUUAAAAAAAAAAAAAAAAAAGAUUUAGUAAACUUCAAGUGUUAUGAAGGCCAUUGCCGAUUACUUCUAUCCUCAGCGUAUGAAGUAUAAUGAAAUGCACGACAAGAAGGAUCCUAUUCGAAAACGCAGUCAGUCAACAAAUUAUCUUCUAUUGCCAGAUUAUUCACCUUCUCAGAAUAAAGUGAAUGAUGAUGAUGAUGCCAGCUCAAAAUCUGAUACUGCUGUUGGGAGUGAAACUACAGGUCACUUUGCUUCAUUUUCAACAUCAUCAACACCUGAAAUCAUGACACAUCAUGUACAAUCCAAGUGGGGGAGGUGCAUGUUACCUGUACCACAAUUUUCAAGGAAUGACUUCAGUGUCUGGAGUAUUCUCAAGCAAUGCAUAGGCAAAGAAUUAUCAAAAAUAACUAUGCCUGUUGUUUUCAAUGAGCCAUUGAGCUUCUUGCAGAGGUUAUCUGAAAAUAUGGAAUACUCCUACCUUCUAGAAAAAGCUGAUACUAAUUCUGAUCCUAUAAAACGAAUGGAGUAUGUCUCGGCAUUUGCUGUUGCUUGCAUUUCAUCAAACUGGGAGAGAUUAGGAAAACCAUUUAAUCCUUUACUUGGUGAAACAUACGAACUCAGAAGGGAAGAUCAAGGCUUUCGAAUAAUUACUGAACAAGUGAGUCAUCAUCCUCCUGUGACUGCUUUCCAUGCUGAUUCAGCGCACUUUAUAUUUACUGGAGCUAUACAUCCAAAAUUAAAAUUAUGGGCAAGAUCUGUUGAAAUAAAGCCUGAAGGAACUGUAAUAUUAAAACUUCUUAAGCAUAAUGAAACUUAUACAUGGACUGGUGUAACAUGUUGUGUACAUAACAUAAUUGUUGGAAAGCUAUGGAUGGAACAGUGUGGUACAAUGGACAUAACAUGCCAUACAAAUGGUGUAAGAGCUGAAUUAAACUUCAAACCAGCUGGAUGGUAUAGUAAAGAUUUGAACUGCAUUGAGGGCUUCAUUUUUGAUCAGAACAAAAUAAAGCGCCGUUUUAUUCAUGGGAAAUGGUGCAGUUUUAUAAUAUCCUCUAGUCCUGAAUAUUAUGAAGAAUAUGUCAAAUUGAGAGAUCAGAAACCAAGUGGAAGUGAUAGUCACUUAGUUGCAAAAGAGAAGUCAGAUUGGUUGCCUCAUCUGAAAGCUCUGAGGAAUAAAAGUCUUUCUUUAAAUUCGGUAAAUUUUGACACUGGGGAGAAAAUUGAAGGCAUAGACUCAAAUGAUUCGUCAUAUUUACUAUGGGAAGUUGAUCCUCGUCCUGAUUAUUCCUCUGAGUACUACAAUUUUACUUUGUUUGCCAUGUCACUGAAUGAAUUAGCUGAAGAAUUAAAAGACGAAUUACCUCCUACUGACUCAAGACUUAGGCCUGAUAUUCGAAAAUUGGAAGAGGGAGAUAUAGAUGGGGCUGCAUUUGAAAAAAACAGAUUAGAAGAGAAACAAAGAGAAGCCAGGAAAGUUAGGAGAAAAGAAAAAUCUUCUUGGCAACCUUUAUGGUUUGAAUCCAAACCACAUCCAUAUGCCAAAGAAGAAUCAUGGUCUUACAAAGGUCACUACUGGGAACGAGAAUUUUCAAAUUGUCCUGAUAUAUUCUAAGCUCAAGCAUAGUAGAUCUUCUUCUAAACAUGUUUUCAUGAGAUUUUUAUAUUGAGACUGUUUUGUGAAAAAUGUACAGUAAUUAAAGUUUAUAUAUUCUAGUUUCAUUUUACGUGGCCAAACGUUUGAUCUAAGAAGUUUGUUCAUAUAGAAAUUAUAAAGCAAUGUAUAACUUGUAUAUAACCAUAAUAAACUAAUUUUUUAAUUUAUAA